UGAGUGCUGUUUGAACACAUUACUAACGAAUACAGAUGAAAACAAAAAAUCAUUGAUUAUGCCAAUCGAUACCAGAAUACUUUCCGCCUUCGGCUUGGUACAAAUGCUYCUUCUUGGUAAUUCCAAUGGAUGGACUCAUCCUGGAACAAAUACGGCCAACAUUAGUAGUUGUUAUUGCGGUGCGAUACGACGUCGAUGGGGGCAAUCAAACAAGAUGUAUAGCAGUUCCGCURAGAAUCWCCAAUCUAUAUGCAGCUAUACGCAUCAAAAACAACGACAAAGUCUGCGGGCGAGUACGAUAGCAGCUGCUGCGACAGUUCAGAACCAGCCCCUCGCACCUGGUCUUCCCAAAGAGCUCGAGAAAUUAAAUCUGUUCGAACCUAAACCUCUGGAGUACAAUAACGACGGCGACGAAGUCCACGGACAAACAGUCGAGAGAGUGUCGAUGGAUCCUCCCAUUUUCAUUUUCAGAAAAGCACUAACCCCCAAGCAGUGUCGCGGGAUUCGGCAGACRGCAUUUUCGAUGGUCGAAAUGGAACAGGGUAAAACUAACACCUGCAAGGACGACAAUGACGAAAUCCACGAAGAGGUUUCCACUGCCUCUGAUCAAGAACGAAAAAAGGAACAACAUCGAAAACACCCUCGAAGGUUUUCCAAUGUGGGAUGGCUCUCGAAUGAGAUGCCAAUGGUGGAACAGGUUGCCCGCAACGGUCAUGGUGUCUUUUUGAACGGGAUGCCCUUUCACUCGACCCGAGGGAUCGAACCUCUUCAGGUUGUACACUAUUACGAUGUGGGCGGGGAAUAUAUCAAUCACCAUGACUCGAACAAUCGGUUACUAACACUCUUGUAUUAUCUCAACGGUGUCGGAGAAACUUGGUUUCCUCUUGCAGACAACCACGAUGUUGUUGUUCGGGAUUCGAGAGAAGCAGACCUAGCCUGUCGCGACAAGUCGCCCGACCGCGAUGGCGUAUUGGUCACGUGUCGCCGUAAAUCUUCAAUAAUCGAAAGAGGAGGUGAUUGCGGGGAUCUCCAGCUCGACUCCAAAGGUUGUAGCGGUCCAGUCGUUGCCCAUGUAGAAGAAGGAGAUGCUGUUGCCUUCUACAAUUACAACCUGGACGGRUCGAUGAAUUGGAAGGCAUUCCAUUCUGGAUUGCCGAUUACCGAAACGGAUUUGGAGUCCCCUGACGGCGAAAACAGCGCUAGCAAGGAUGAGGAUGGUGUUCAUAAAAACGAUGGAGGAAAGUGGAUCGCAAAUCACUUUUUCCAUUUUGUUCCUUCUCAUGUUCCCGAAACACCACCGCCUACUCCUGUCGAAAAGUAGCCAUCAAUUCGCCAAGGGCAGCAGUAUCGAGACCGAAACUGUUGACUCGCUUACAAUCAUUGAUGCAAUMAUUUAUCACUCAAUUUUAGGCUUUGUCAUUAAAUUAUGAAUGAUCUU